AUGGCGUGCACUGCUUCGUCUGAUCUCCAUAUGUUUACUCCUUCCGCUGCCACCGAGGCCAAUGCCAUGCCGCGCCCGCCCAUAGUGAAGACGAAUGUCUCCUUUGAAAGUCUUCCAACGAAUGAUCUUCAACUACUAUGGAUUCCUGAGAUCAUAACCGACGAAGGCUCCACCAACUUCGACUCAUCCUGCUUCUCGUACCCACAAGCGUUUCUGAAGCCAAAAGUGAGAGCCAGCAAACGAAAGCGAAUGUUUGACGACUUGCUUCUAAAAAUGGCAGGUCAGGGAAGUACCAAACUGGACAUUUUCAAUCGAGAACGAGAGGCAAGCCAAGCAGGGACUCACACUGCGAAACGAAUCCGGGUACUGGGCAAAGAGGACAAUCCUUUGGCGACGAAUUGA